AUGCGCACCGCUGUAUUCACCAUUGUCCUGGCCGGCAUAGCCACCGCCGACCUGGCCCCGGCCCCGGCCCCCACAGCGGCCGCAUUGCUCGAGGCCCGGGCCGCCACCGCGUGCGACGUCGACUACGACCUCGGACGGCCCGUGCAGCCGCCCGCCAGCAUCAAGUCGUGGCUGCGCACCGCGCGCCCCCCCAACGAGUGCACCGACGUCAUGCCCGCCAGCCUCACCGCCGGCUGGAUGUCGUACCUCGGCCAGCUGUCCAGCUUCGUCGCGCACGCCGGCGAGAAGACGGCCUCGCUGACGGACCUCUGCGGCUCCGCGACGUACACGGUGUCCAUCGAGUUCUGCGCGACGCAGGGCAAGAUCGUGGUCACCGACGAGGGCAGUGGCGACGCGGUGACGACCAUCGCAAACACGGUGCGCAACCCGGGCGCGGUGGUGCUGACGUCGAGGAAUGGCAAGAUUGGCGUGGCGAGCGCUGCGGCGACGGAGUCGGACUCGGCGCCAGCGAGUACCGGCAGCACCGGCAGCAGCAGCGGUGGUGCGACCAGGACGAGUACAAAGGGCAGCGCGCCGGCGACGACGGGGGCGGCAACGACGACGACGACGACGGGUGGUGCGACCAAGUCGAGCGCGGCGGCUAGCAGCACGGCAAGCAGCACGCCAAAGAGCAACGCGGCGGGUGAGAUUGGCGCUGGCGUGGCGGCUGUGGCUGCUGGUGUUGCCCUCUUGGCUCUCUAG